UGCUUGUGGCAGGGCCCUGGUGGGCUGGGGUCUGCUGGGUCAGGUGUUCUGUGGCCCCAAGUCACUCUGCAGUCAUGCUGCAGUUGCUCCCAUUCUGGUGUCCUCCUCUUGAGAGCUGACCGCAUGGAGACCUUCCAGCCCCAGGUCAGAGAAAAUAACACUUGGAAGAAGACCAAACAGCCUCGGUAAAACACUCAUCACUGCUCUACUAAAGCUGAAAAUGGACAUAUUGUGCUGAAUCCUUUUGACUGUGGUAAGAAAAAAAGCUACGUCAGGAAAUUCUGCUUCAGACGUGCCCAAUCAGCAUCAUGAUGUCUGGAAAGGGUAACAGUGGUACUGAAGGCAGUGCUGAUUCCUACAUUUCAUGUCACAUAGACUCUGAGUUUCGCUACAACCUCUUCACUGUUUUCUACAGCAUCAUUUUCAUUCUGGGAUUUGUUGCCAACUGCUACGUGCUCUGGAUUUUCAGCCGUAUUUACCCCAUUAAAAAACUCAAUGAAAUCAAGAUAUUCAUGGUGAACCUGACAGUAGCUGACCUGCUCUUCUUGGUUACGAUGCCAAUGUGGAUUGUUUACUAUCACCACCAUGGAGACUGGAUCAUGCCCGAGUCCCUCUGUAAUGUGGCUGGUUGUUUAUUUUUUGUUAACACCUACUCCUCUGUUGCCUUUCUGAUGGUCAUCACAUACAACCGUUACCAAGCUGUGACUAAUCCCAUUAAAGCUGCUCAGUUUACCACCCAGAGAAGGGGUAUCUACUUAUCAGCAGCUAUCUGGAUCAUAAUAGUGGGCAGCGCUCUGUAUUACCUUUUUGACAAUAAUACUAAUCAGGAGGAGGUUGAUUCGAAGAAUUUCACGAGGUGCUUUGAGCGCUAUGACUCUUCUAGCAGUGUUUCAGCUGUUCUCGCCAUUCAUGUCAUCAUCUGCAUCCUCUUCUAUAUCAUUUUCCUUUUCAUACUAGGCUGGAACAUCAUCAUUAUCAGGACCCUGUUCUCCAAAUCAGUGCAGCCACGGAAGAGUACACAGGUCAAGCAAAGGGCGCUCUGGAUGGUCUGCACGGUGCUGGCUGUAUUCAUCAUAAGCUUUGUACCUCAUCACAUAGUGCACCUGCCCUGGACCCUGACUGUUCUGGAGCAGUGGAAGAAGGAAAAUUGCCAGUUGCGCCAGCAACUCAAUGAUGCUCACCAGGUGACUUUGUGCCUCUUGAGUACGAACUGUGUGUUGGACCCUAUCAUCUACUGCUUCCUCACAAAGAAGUUCCAGAAGCAUCUUUCAGAAAACCUGAAAAGCAUGAAAGGCAGUCGCAAGUGCUCCAGGCAAACCACAGACACAGUGAUUGAGGGCACCAUUCACCAAGAGGAUGCCAUUAGGAUCUAGUUCUGCACUGUUCUGACUGCAGAUAGAGAUGCAUGAAUUAGUUACUCAUCUUUUCUCAAGAAGAGGCAGGGAGGGACACAACAGAAGACCAGGAUUUCCUUUUUCCCAUUAGACAAAAGAAUGGACACUCAUUUAUUCGAUCACAUGCAACUGGCAGAACUGGAACCUGUAGUAAUCUGGCAGAAUGGCACCUUCUGUCUGGGCUGAUGUUCUCAUGGGCACUGAGAACAGCUCAGACAAUCUGCUUUUACAUGAAAGAAAUGUGCCAUUAGUCUCUGCAGUGAGCAGCUAGAAGUGCACUGGAAUCACCCAUUGUGUCAGCCCGGAUAGCACCAUCCCUGGUCCUUUGCCUGCCCAGCUCCCACAAAGAAUCCAGUAUCAGAGCUGUAAAACACUUCUAAAAGACCUGGAAGAACAGGCUGGGCUGCUAGUAUCAAGUGACUUUUCUAAGCAGCUUGAAUGGUUCUCUGAAGAGAGUCUGAGUUGAAGAAGCUCUUGAGUGACUAGAAGGGAUGUAGACCGAGGAGUUCCUCAAAUGCCAUCAGAGAUCUGCACCUGUGAUCCCUUCUUACCUACCCACGUGGUCUGCUGGGGUCCAUACCUGACAGCUGUCUGGGACUGUUAUGAACUUUUGCCUUUGCUCCCAGCUCUUGAAACAGUCAAAUAACUGGACUAGUGGACAAGAAGAGAAAUUGGCAGUGCCUCAGUCCCCCUGCCCAGAUCAGCAUUAUGUCCAAACGGGACAAUUGUCUGCCCUGGCUUCUUGUAUGAUAGCAGAACUGGCAAACCAGUGGCCUCUUGCAUUCAGUUUAGUAAUUUUUGGCUGUCUGCAUGUGUCUGUGGAAAUCCAAUCUCACUUUGGAGGCUCCAGAUAACAGCAGAUUAUUGUCAGCACGGGCAUUACGAUAAAAAAAACCCAAACAAACAAACCAACCAAAACAAACAAAAUGCUUAAGUAUUGUUCUUAUUUACUUAAAUUAGGGUUGUAGCAAGCAACUGUACAUUAUUCCUUCCCUCAGCCAUUCCGUUUCUGCUACAAAGAAAUGAGGUUGAUUAGUUCUUGCUAUCCUACCACAAGUGAAGUAUUAGGUCAGGUCGUGACCACUUUCUAAGUCAGUGCUGCACAGUGAUAAGUACACCUGACAGAUGUAAUUCAUGCACUCUGACAAGACUGAAGACUUCUCACUCAGGGCUGGCUACAGUCAGUUAGGGUCCAGGGCAAAGUGGUUUUCCACGGUUGCUGAGUUCUGUUACCAAUCAUGAAACACUUGAGGUUCUUUUUCUGACCCAAAUUGCUCAAUCCAGCACAGGAAAUUGGGCAGGGAAGGGAAGGGAACUUACUUGCUUUCACAACAGUUUUUGGUUCCCUAAACUAACUAGCAGAGUCUGGUUGAUGACAGAAGUGUAUCAUCUGACCUGUGACACUGAUUAUUCAUAUGCAAGGACAGCAGCCUCCCUACACCCACCAGAGAAUGUGAAAGAUAAGCUCAAAUCUUUCCAAAGAUAGGACCUAUGUUUGUAUCAGACUUUGCCUGUAUUCAGUAGAGAUAUGGGUCCUUCAGAUGAAUCUCCUGAAGACAGUCAGGCAGCUUUUAUGCUUACUUGUGUGAAUGAGCAAAAAACCUAAGAUGUUUCUUCUUCUCAUGCCACUUGCCAAGGCCAGCCAUGCACUCCCAGCCCCGAGCCAGGCAGAGGAAAGAAUGUGAUCACAAUGUGAACGCAUUUCCCUCCUGGUCCUGGACUCUGUUCCAGUAAUGGCCACCCAUAAGGAAUACCUGCUGGCAACUCUUAGCAGAGAGGUAAUUCCCUGACUAUGUCCCUCAGCCAUGUUUGCCCUGAAUCUGCAGUCAUCUAAGCCAUAGCACACAGCAAAGAGGGUGAUUUCUGUAAUUUAAAAGCCUGAAUCUUGCUUGCUGGAGGAAUCAGCCCCUGUACUUCUGCCCUGCCCAGACGGCAUGUUCUGGCCUAGGAGCUCUUGCAGCGGGCAGGGGGUGCAGCUCUCCCCUUUCCCCCCUGCCACCCUGCUUCACAGCCGCUAAAGCACUGAGCAGAUGGAGUCUGGCAGAGGAAAUGGAAAGGGAUUUUACAAGGAAAUCUGGUAAAUGUGUGAUCUUCUUUUGAUUCCUGGAAAGCUUGCAAGAGAGUUUACAGCUUAGGCUACUUACUGUGGGUAAAUAACACACUUUACUCCACAGAAAACAGCUGUAAGGCCAGUGUGGGCUCAGAGAACAAAUGUAAACGUGCAUCUAUGGAAAAGGGUAAGUGGAAGAAAAAGCCCUGAGGACACUUCAGUAGGAUAUGCUGCAGUAAUUAGGUCAGUAACAGUGCAUUUCUAAAAACCAGUCUGAGCUUCUACUUCUGUUCCUGGAACUACUUUCUCAGUUUUACCGCAAUGUUGCAUUACUCUGCUUUACUUUGCAAUAAAAUGGAUCCUCAGUUCUUUUAAAUAAAGCAUGUUCCCCAA